UAGAGCCAUAAGAAAAGAUUAAUGGAGGAAGAAAUGAAUAGAUCUUUGAUCUUCAAAGAAUCACCGUGCCCAUUAAGUGUCCUACAAGCUUUAAGUCAAGUUUCGGGAAUUUUAUUCAGAAAUGGAAAAUGUAUGGUCUUAAACAAGCUCCAUGUACUUGUACCGUUCUGUAUACUAAUAUUAUCGAUGGAUUUAGUACUAACACCAGCAAUGGUAGAUAUGGUUUCGAGGAUAGAAGGAAUACACUAUCUGGAUGAGCCAAAUAGAGAACAAAUCCAAGGGAUCGUUAAGGAUUUUCAAGUCUUUUUGGGUAUAGAAUUGCUCUUCUUAAUUGCGUUUUUCUUCAUUCCACUUUUUUCAUUGCUAGCUACAUUUUAUAUGAGUUACUCUGGUAAGCAAAUGAACUCCAAGGACUUAUUCUCAAAGAUCGAUAUAUCGUGGAAGAGACGCGUCAUUAAAUGGUUCUACAUUUCUUUCAGCUCUACUGUUCUGGUUGCUUUGAUCUUGAUCUUAAUCAGUGUUUUCUCGAUUAUCUUGGUAAUUGAUAUUGUUUCGACAAUCUUAAUCCUUGUGAUUACAAUUUUAUGUACAUUAUGUCAUGUGUACAUCGUCUCGGUUUGGAUACUAAGUUUAGUGAUAUCCGUAAUAGAGGAAAACUUGGACGGCCUUGGAACCAUAGCAAGAACGGAGGAUCAUAUCAGAGGAACAAGACUUCAAGGAUUAGGUUUAUCAUUAAUUUGUUCGAUCCUUAGCCUUAUGAUUUUUAUGGGAUAUGGUUUUUCGAGGAAUCAUAUUAACCAAGUAUCCGGAACUGAUGGAUUUUGGACAGAGAUUGGGAUAUUAGGAUACAUUUGUUUAGUGAAAAUUUUCAUGUUUUUGGUCUACACUGUGUUUUAUUACGAAUGUAAGAUCAGGAACGGACAACAACAAGCAGAGGUGGAAGAAAACUUACUUUCUACUAUUCAGAUGGAGCGCGAAACACCCUACCGCGUGUGGACUGUGGAGACUUAGUCAUCACUGCCGUCAAAUUUCCGUCGACCUUACAUUCUCUCCGUUGGCAUGGUUCACAAAUUUAUAUCAAAAUCAUUUCAAGAAAAAAUAAAUAAAGUUGUUAACAGAAUCGAUAACAA